CCAAAUAUUAAUUCGAAAUGCUUAGCUUAUUACUAAAAUCCAGCUUCUUAAGAACGGACAUGCAAUUAUUGAGAACUGUGAAUACCAACUGCUGGUUUGUUCCAUCAACAUCGUUCAUUCAUGGCUCUUCUGUAAACAAAAAUUCAUGCGGGUGUGGCGGCAGUGUUCCUUCAGCAAAGGCCAAGCACCAGAUAGAAUACAAGUCUUACCAGCCCCUGGUAUACACGUGUCACGACGCGAAGAACAUGAAACUAAACCGGCCAAUGUCUCCGCAUUUAACUAUAUACGCGCCAACCCUGCCAGCUAUGACUUCUAUUGUACAACGUGCAACUGGUAUAGUUUUAGUUACAUACGCUCUGCUAAUGGCGUUUGGAAGCCUGUUUCUGUCAAACGGUGUAGAAACUUACGUAUUAAUUAUUCAAAGCCUGGACCUUUCACGGCCGUCCAUAUUUUUAAUUAAGAUAUGUUUGGGCGCGCCGUUUGUCUAUCAUUACUUCAACGGCAUCCGUUUUUGUAUGUGGAACGCUUGCAAAUGGCUGAAUAUAAAGGAAGUCUACUCGACUGCGCGAAUGAGCUUCAUCGCCACGGCGGUCGUUACGACACUAUUUGCUUUACUUUAAAUAAAAAUAAAAUGAUACAAGAAUACCAGCAAGUCACACCUUACUAAAUACUAAAAUCUUGCUGCUAACU